AAACGACUGUGUGUUGAGGGGCGCGAGUCACUACGUUCUCUUGUAGGCUACUGUGAGCUGUAAGAAUGCUUUGACAUAUUUUUUACUUAUUAUAUUUGUCAAAUUAGUGGCGUAUCUGUGAAUGUCACUCGUAAGCAUGUCGUUACGAAGACUAGACCAAGAAUAUGCUUUGGAGGAAAGGGGAAGGUUUUUUAUAUCAUCUGAAACAGAAGGCGACUGGGACGAGGAUAGCCAUGUUGAUCACCGUCAACUUGUUUUAUUCAAAGCCGAUGCUUUAGCUUCGGAAAAUCGUCUUAAAGAGGCUGUAGAUAUGUUUUCCAUGGCUCUUCGAUAUGGCCCUGUCCGGCCAGACCAGCUGAGCAAUUUAGUUGGAUGCGUUCUGCGCAACUUCAAGAAGAAAUCCGAAGAGUCUACUGCAAAAAGUGAGCCGAGCUCCACACCGGAUUGUGAAUUUGACUGUCCUGGUUGUCAUAGUUUCUUAGCCGAUCCAGUGACGGUGCCAUGUGGACAUACGUAUUGCAGGAGAUGUUUACAACAUAGCACUUUCUCUAAAUGUAAACUGUGCAGUGAAGACAUUGGGAGGAGGCCCGGGGAACCCCGAUUGAACGUGAUCUUAUGUGGACUUUUAGAGAAGUGUUUCCCAGAAGACGUCAAAAGAACUAAAUGUAUAGGAGAAGCUGAAAACCUAUUGAAGAAUAAACAGUACGACGAUACUAUUGCACUAACGAGUCAAUUAUUAGAAGCUGACUCUAGUAAUGUGUGGGUGCAGGUGUGCCAUGCCGAGGCUCAAAGAGGAAUGAAGCAGUACCACAAGGCUUUGGAAAACUGGGAGUCCUGCCUGAUUGCUGCCCCAUCCCCAGAGGGAUAUUUCCGGAAAGCAAAACUUCUCCAAGAGAUGGGUCAUGUGGAUGAAUCCCUGCAAGUCUUCCUUCAGUGUUUGGCAUUGGAUGAAAACUUCCAUCAGGCCAAACAAGAGGUGGAAAUGAUCUUGCAUGACCUGUUGGCGCCAGCCAGUGAUAAUGUCAAGGUUGGAUUGAGAGAGACAACCCACAGCUCUUCAUUUCACUUGCGCAGUAAAACCCUGAUGUCUGAUGGCCAAAAUCUAGACCAGCAGACCCAGUUGCAAGCCCAGCAUCCGUCUGACUCUCAGGCAGCAUCUGCCCAUCUUCCCUCUAAAACCUCAGAGAAACCAGGUCGAUCUGAAAGUCUGGAACGCUCCGGCCUGAGCAGAGCUCACUCCCUUCGUGCUCACGGGAUAGGGGGAGGUGUAGAGGAGGGGCUUAAAAGAGUUAGCUCCGCCCCCCAGUUGGGUGACCCAGAAAAAGGCGCGCUGCUAAAGAGGAAGCUGUCUGUGUCUGAAGCGGGGUCUAGCGUGGCUUACAGCCAUGGCAGUAAACACAAAAAGCAUGUUGUGACUGCCAGUGCAGCUACUCCUGUGGUUACAGAGGAAACUAAGUCCUAUCAAACCCUGCCAAAAGACCUGCUGGACCCAAAUGAUUUUGAGUGCUCUCUCUGUAUGAGAUUAUUUUAUCAACCCGUCACAACACCAUGUGGUCACACAUUCUGCAAAAACUGUCUGGAGCGCUGCCUAGACCACAAUUCCCAGUGCCCUCUCUGCAAAGAAAGCCUGAAAGAGUAUCUUGCCUUUAGAAAGUACACAAUCACACAAGUGCUGGAUGACAUCAUUAAGCAGUAUCUAUCCAAGGAACAUUCAGAAAGACUAAAACUGCAUGCAGAGGAAACUAAAGAGCUCUCAGAUUUAACAAAGAAUGUGCCCAUCUUUGUUUGCACCAUGGCCUACCCCACUGUGCCUUGCCCUCUUCAUGUGUUUGAGCCACGAUACCGUCUCAUGAUACGACGCUGCAUGGAAACUGGGACACGUCAGUUCGGCAUGUGCAUCAGUGACCCCCAGAAAGGGUUUGUGGACUUUGGCUGCAUGCUUCAAAUCCGAAGCGUACAUUUCCUCCCAGACGGGCGCUCUGUCGUGGAUACAAUCGGAGGAAAGAGGUUUUGCGUCCUCUCACGCGCUAUGAAAGACGGAUACUGUAUUGCCAACAUCAAGUAUCUGGAGGAUAUGAAGGUAAAGGAUGAGGAAGAAUUGAAAAAGCUACAAGUGUUACAUGAUCAGGUGUACGACCAGGCCCGUAAAUGGUUCCAGAACCUGGAGACACGCUUUCGGAACCAGAUCCUGCAGCAUUUUGGGCCAAUGCCUGAGAGAGAGGCUGACAUCCAGGCCACACCUAAUGGUCCAGCGUGCUGUUGGUGGCUUCUAGCUGUUCUUCCUGUUGAUCCACGCUACCAGCUGUCUGUCCUCUCCAUGACAACACUAAAAGAACGACUAGUCAAGAUCCAACACAUUCUCACCUACCUGCAGAACCUUCCCAGGGACUAGAGCUUCCACACAAACACACACAGAACUCCCUGUCACUCUGCUGGCCAACAUGCAAACACUCAAUGGUGCUGACUGACGAAGAACUAAUGAGAUUCCAAGGAGAGUCAACUGAAAACUCAGCACGGAUUUACAUGUGUGCUUAGAUGUAAUUCAUGCAGAGAAUUGCAAGAACAAAGUGUUUAUUGUAGUUUCAUACCGAUCUGUUAAUCACCAUCGGUUUUCUUUGUGUUCAAGAUGAGUGUUAGACGACAUCCCUUCCUGUAGUAUUUAUUGUUCAGCAGCCUGUCUGAUCUUGUUUAGGAGAAACAAUCUACAUAAAAUUCUGUUCCUGUCAGGUGCCCCUAGCCUCCAUACAGUGCUUUCGGGGCAGAAAUGUUGCUGGAGAGCAUUCCAACAUUUUCAACAUGAUCAUGCUUUGUGUGUGUGUGUUGAAGUGGACAGGGCGCAUCUACAAAAAAGGUGGACACCAAGAUAGAAGGCAACUUUAAAUAUCUUUUCUUCACUUAAAUCUCUGGAGAAACCAUCGCUUCUGAGCUUUCUUUCUUGACCUGUUAAGCACGCACAAGAGGCUGUUGUCGCACAACAACAGAGUUGACAACUCUGAAGAUGCACUUGUAUUUAUUUGUUACUUUUGCAGUACUGGGCGUUAAUGAAGCUUGCACAGUUCCUUCCUGUCUCAAACUUUCAGUUCAGAGAUGGGCACGAUACUGUUAAGCGUAGGUUUAUUUCAUACUGAGGAAAUAGUUAGGACUUCCAAAUGUCUCAAUAGUUUAGUUUCAGAUGGAUCAUUCAUUUUUGCUGUAGGUUUGCUUUCAAAACAGAAAAAAACAGCAUGCCACCAUAUUGCAAGUCAAGUGUCUCUUUUUGGGUACAAGCAAGGUAAUUUUUGAGAAUGAGGUUUAGAUAUUUAUACACAAACAAAUGGCAAAGGGAAACUUGCAAUAUUUUGAUAGGUAAAAACAAACUAUACUUUAGCUGCAACCAGCACCAUACUGAAAGGAGAUCCAGCAAGCAUUCUGCAUAUUGUGAGUGAUGAAUGCUAACCCACUAGCUCAUACCUGUGUGGUGCUUGUUGUGUGCAGACUAAACAAACUUUUGCCUUAUAAUACCUUGUUGCAUUCUGCUACUAUGGUAUAAUGCGUCCGCUUUGGUUUUUGCACUCCUGUUGCCGGAGAAUUAAUUCUGUUGUUUAAUUUACUUCAUUCGCCUCUCAGUCCUUUAAGUGUGUAAAUUAUGUCAAAUAAUGGCUGUUAUAUGUAAAUCAUUUUGUUUUAAAAAAGUAAUUUUUUUACAGCUAUGCUCAAAUAUUUAAGUUGUCAAUUUUCAAAUAAAAUGCACAUCUUUUUCAUUGUA